AUGUUUGAAAGAACAAAUAAGAAGAAAAAAAUUGAUAAGAAUGCCAAGACAAAGUUUGAAAGAGACAAAGCAGAUCAGGCUUUCUUAUUGUGUACAAGACUUUUGUUGAAAGAUCAAAGUGAAACUUUGGGAUUUAUAUUACUUAGGGAGAGUUCAUCAUCGUCAAAUGUCUUAGGUUUUCUUCAUCCCCAUUUAUUACAAGCAAAGAUAACGAAUGUUUAG